CUUCACCACACUCACUUUAUCUCUGCACAGGGGUUUGUGGUGGCCGUGCUCUACUGCUUUCUGAAUGGAGAGGUGCAGUCGGAGAUAAAGAGGAAAUGGAGGAGUUGGACGGUGAACAGGUACUUUGCUGUGGACCUGAAGCAGCAGCGUCACCCUUCGCUAGCGAGCAGUGGGGUGAACGGGGGACGCAGCUGUCCAUCCUCAGCAAGAGCAGCUCACAGAUACGCAUUGUCCAGCCCUCUGGCCGAGACGGUCAACCUCAACCUGCCCACCUGAGCGCCUGAUUGGCCUGUCCGUCCAUAAGCCCCGCCCUCCAACUCACCUUCUUCACCUGCAGUAGGGCCGACCAAUCACAAUUAGA